ACAAAGGAAAACGAAUCCUCUCCGAUGAACUGAACCUUGCCAAACAAAGACAACAAUGCGCCCAACGGGUGAGAAAAGGAUAAUUUUGGCAAAUGUCUCCGUUAGCAAUGGCCCAUUUGAGACACUUUCCUUGUCGCCUGAUCUGACUGGCGCAAGGAAAUGUCUCUGUGCGGUCCAACUUCGGAGACGGCCAGAUGAGAUGCUUUCUGGCAAGCCAAACAAAAUCGUAGUGCUUUUCCCCCUUAAGCCCUAAUGUUUGCGUCACAGAGCGGCAGAAAGUCGACAAAGGCUAAAUGGAUCGCCACAACACAGUGAUAUGGAUAACUUGCUAGCCACAUGCAUCCUGAUAAUAUUCAAUGAAUUAACCUCUCGCAUAUCUGGAUCUCCCAGGGGUCAUGGCUCUGGGAGUUUGGCUUCUCGGACAGUCUCUGUGGACCCUUCCUCUUUCCGGACCGAAUAUCGAAGACCGGACGAAGAUUCUUUCCCAGAUUGGGCCAAGCUUUUGUUGGGAAGCUUGACCAUAUUCGGCUUCGUUGCCGCCAUUUUCAUCUUACGACUCUGUCUGAAGGAAUGCCACAAACGGAAGGUAGCGCGAUCUCAGAAUCAACCGGUCACCUGCUAUUUGUGCCAAGACAGGGUGCCCAAAAGGCUCUGGGACAAUGGUGAGCAUAGGAAAAAGUGCGCCACCCGCCAUAAGAGCAAACUAGCCACAUUCGAGACCCCAAAGCCUGGCCUUCGAUGUCCUAGGUGCCAUAAACGCAUGAGGCUCUGGACCAAAGGCUUGGGACCCCCCUUCAAGUGCUGCUCAUCGGAUUGUCCCAUAUUGGGAACCAUUCAGAACAACGGUCAAAACCGCUUCAAUUGCUUUCCAUGUGAUUAUGAUCUCUGCGAUUCCUGUUGGCGUCGCCAAUUACCCGAAAGUCGUGCUCAAAGAACAGGGAAUUCCCGACCUAGUGGGUCACGGUCACAUCGAAACAGUCACUUUUUCCCAGCGGAGAAACAAGUGGAUUCCGAAUUUAGAGAGGCGUCUGCUCCGCCUUAUUUCUAUCCCGGUUUUGCGUAUGAGCAACGGUCACUGACACUGCCAACCUACGAUGAAGCGAUUGCUGGAGAAUAUCAAAACACUGAUGUAUAAUCAUUUCGAAACAAAUUCAUAUUGAUCUCCAUCCCAAGGAACCAUGGAAACAAAUGGGCCAAGAAAAUGUCCGUCCCUGAGCGCAAUGAUGUAGAUUUAUUUUCACACAACCUAAGAAAAGUAAGCACCUUUGCUUACUCAUUUUUCCUGCCUAAUUGCACACGGACGCUUUGUGAGUGCCGUGAAAUGUCCAAUGAUCUUGUUUGUAAAUUUCGCAGAGAAUAAGUACAUGAAAAGAGUG